UGUCCGCAUCAGGCGGCCAUGAUGUGCAGCCGGACUCGGUAAAAUAUCGCUGUUUUCGGUUAACCGAGCCCCGUGGCCGCCUCGGGCCAACCUUGCUCGGUGUGGCGUGGAUGUCGGGGCAGUUUCCCGGGUCUCCGAGGUCCGGUGGGGUUUUUUUGGGGGCACUUGAAAGCGGCCUGCUGCCCCGCUCUCCGCGCCAGGCUGAACCGGGCUUUGUCGGGAGGAAGGCGGCUCGGAGUGGGGGUUGGGGCCGCUGUACGUCGCACUUUUACGGCUGUUUAAGUCUAAAUUUCACGUCGUUUGUCGUCCCCAGGUUUGCUCCCACGGACGCUUCCACGGCCCCGACUAUAAUGAGAGGAACACGGGAAGACACAGAAGCGAAGAGUGCUCCUGCCGAGGCCCCCAAACACCCCACAGUCCGAGCGAGGAAGAGGAAGGCAGAUGUUGCUAUUCCCAAGAUGAGGGCCAUCCUCCUGGACUGGCUCAUGGAGGUGAGCGAGGUCUAUAAGCUGCACAGGGAGACGUACCACCUCGCUCAGGACUACUUUGAUCGCUUCAUGGCCACCCAGAGGAACGUCCUCAAAUCCACGCUGCAGCUCAUCGGCAUCACCUGCCUGUUCAUUGCCGCCAAAGUCGAGGAGAUGUAUCCUCCCAAAGUCCACCAGUUUGCCUACGUGACAGACGAGGCCUGCACAGAAGACGAGAUCCUCAGCAUGGAGAUCAUCAUCAUGAAGGAGCUGAAGUGGAGCCUGAGCCCACAGACUCCCGUGUCCUGGCUCAAUGUUUACAUGCAGGUGGCGUACCUGAAGGACACGGACGAGCUCCUCCUCCCCAGAUACCCACAGCCCACCUUCACGCACAUCGCAGAGUUGUUGGACCUGUGCAUGCUGGACGUGCGCUGCCUCGAGUUUUCUAACGGCGUGCUCGCUGCUUCGGCGCUCUUUCACUUCUCGUCCCUGGAGCUGGUGGAGAACGUGUCAGCUCUGAAGAGGGUGGAGGUGGAGGAGUGCGUGAGGUGGAUGGUGCCGUUUGCGAUGGCGCUGCGAGAGGUCGGCAGCUCGCCGAUGAAGACGUUCCCGGGAAUCUCUGCGGAUGACAUGCACAACAUCCAGACACACGCCCCCUACGCGACCUGGCUGGAAAAGGCGUACUCCUACCAGGAGGUGGAGCUGCAGUGUCACGGCGGCUGCCCCGUCCCCUCGGGCGUCCUGACUCCGCCCCUGAGCAGCGAGAAGACCGAAGAGCCGGAUCGAGGCGAGGCCACCGUGGUUAAGAUCAGAGCCAGCAUGGAGUCUCCGCCCCCCCAGUAGCAGAGCGCCGCUGACGCCGGCGGGACGGGAAAGCUCGGCGUGUUGGAUUUGAGUUUCAGCGGAGAUUAAAUUUUUAAUUCCAGGGAGGAAACGGUAUUUUGUCCUCUGUGGGCGCAGCGAGGAGACGCGUCGCCGCCAUGGGAACGUGCUUAAGCUCCGGUCUGAGCGCGAGCAGAGGAGACUUUGUUUUCAUGCUUUUUAUUAGUGGUGCUGCUGAACGCUCGCAUCACGUCCAACCACGCCUUCAUUUUCUAUGCAGAGGCCAAACUG